CCUCCCCUCAGUGUUUGGGUCGAAGGUGAAAGGUCGACCUAAUAUGGCCCCCUUGACCCAAUGUAGGAGCAGUGGGAACAGGAAGAGUUGGAGUUGCUGCCUGGUCUCUGCUUGAAGCCCUUAGGCUCUGUGUGCUGCGCCAAUGGGGCCAGUGAGGGUCACCUUGGCACCCAAGGUCACCUCAAGGCUUGUUUGACCUCCUGCACUUUGUUUAUUUCCAGACUGGCUGCAUUUGCUGAGUUGGAGGAGAGCUGGCUCUGACUUGACUUGGGUGAGGUUGGACAGGACAUCGAGAAGAUGACGAUGUUGAUGAUGAUGAAGAUGGUAGGAGGAGGGGGAGGACCAACAGGCCGGGCCCGGGUGUCCCUGAGCUUCCUGCUGGCUCCCAACUCCCCUCGAUGGAGGUCCACAUCGGCCAGCGACCAUUACCACCAUCACCACCACCACCACCACGAGGUAGCGAAGGAGCGGUCCAAGGCUGUUAGCUCCUUCUACAACCAGUCUCUGAUCGACAGUGCGGCUGAGAAGGCAUCUGUGCGUCUGACACCCACAACGAUGCUGUACGCUGGCAAAUCCCCGGACGGAUCACACCUCCUGAAAAGUGCCCGCUACCUGCACAAAGAGCUGCCAGUCCGGAUUGCACACAGGAUCAAGAGUAUUCGAAAUCUCCCCUUCAUUCUGGGCUGUAAUCCGACCAUUCUGCAGGUGCAUGAGUUGUACAUUCGAGCCUUCCAAAAGCUCAGUGAGUUCCCUCCGAUCGAGAACCACGAGGUGGAAGGCCUGUACUGCCAGCUGCUUCAGCAACUCCUCGACGACCACAAGGACGUGGUCACCCACCUGGCGGAAGGCUUCCGGGAGAGCCGUAAGCACGUCAAGGAUGAGGCUGUCAUUCGCUUGUUUCUGGACAAGACUCUGACGUCGCGGCUGGGGAUGCGGAUGUUGGCGACCCACCAUCUUGCGCUCCAUGAGGACCGGCCCGACUUCGUUGGCAUCAUCUGUACCCGUCUCUCGCCCAAGAAGAUCAUCGAGAAGUGGGUGGAUUUUGCCAGACGGCUGUGUGAGCAUAAAUAUGGAAAUGCCCCACGGGUGCGGAUCAGUGGGCAUGUCGCUGCCCGCUUCCCUUACAUCCCCAUGCCCCUCGACUACAUCCUCCCAGAGCUCCUCAAAAACGCCAUGAGGGCCACCAUGGAGAGUCACCUGGACACACCGUACAACGUCCCCGACAUCGUGGUGACCAUCGCCAACAACGAUGUGGAUUUCAUCAUCCGGAUGUCGGAUCGAGGAGGGGGCAUUCCACACAAAGCCCUGGAUAAAGUGAUGGAUUACCACUUCACCACGGCCGAGUGCAGCACUCCGGACCCCCAGGUCAACACCAUCCUGGGCAACAUGGUGGACAUGGUCAACAGUGGACAGUCCAGCCCCAUGCACGGGUUUGGCUUUGGCCUGCCCACCUCCAGGGCCUACGCCGAGUACCUGAGCGGCUCCCUGGUCAUCCAGUCCCUCCAGGGCAUUGGCACCGACAUCUACCUGCGCCUCCGACACAUCGACGGCAAGGAAGAGGCUUUCCGGAUUUGAGACGGAGGGGGGAGAGUGCGUGCAUCCAAAUUUCACUCCAGACCUUGUGAGAGAUUGGGGGGGGGGGGGUGCUGACCGAGGGACCAAGGGCGGUGGAGGAAAGAGACGACCCCGUGGAAAACGAAGAAAAUAAAACGAGCGAGGGAAAGAGAGAGAGAGAGGAAGAGAGAGUUUACGACACGACCCAACACCACCAAGGCCCCACCCCUCCCCAUAACCCACUCCCACCACGCUGCCUCCGAAUGGAGACCACACUCGCGUUAGCUGCCAACCUGCCUGCCAUCAACUUGUUGGCAAUUUUGAACCCACCGUUGUCUAGUUGGGGGGGCGGGGGUUGCCAUCUUUAGAAAGUUCUGGAGACGAGCGGUGCUCGAGUGGCGGCCAUUUUCUUUGGCCCACUGAGGCCACAGUGAGAAGAAACCCUGAACACUCCUCAAAUAUCUUUGCCAUUCCUCGUGACAAUUCUCUCUCUCUCUCUCUCUCUCUCUUUCUUUCCUCGAUCACAUCA